AUGACGUUAGCUCAGUCUUUCAAGCUUCUUUCGGGACACGAGAUUCCAGCAGUUGGCCUGGGCACCUGGCAAUCCAAGCCCAAUGAGGUCAAGAACGCCGUUGAACAUGCCCUCAAGUCGGGGUACCGCCACAUUGACGCGGCAGCCGUCUACGACAACGAGAAGGAAGUCGGCGAAGGUCUCAAGGCUUCUGGCGUCCCAAGGAAAGACAUUUUUGUCACCAGCAAGCUUUGGAACACCCAUCACAAGGCAGAGGAUGUUGAGACCGCACUAGACAUUACCCUCAGCGACCUGCAGACUGACUACGUUGACUUGUACCUGAUUCACUGGCCCGUAUCCUUCAACAAAAAGGACGAUGCCACCCGGUUCCCCCUGCAUCCCGUCACUGAGGCCGUCGACGUCAUCGACGUCCCGGUGAUUGAGACGUGGAAGGCAAUGGAGGCCCUCGUCAAGAAGGGCAAGAUCCGUUCCAUCGGCGUUUCCAACUUCACCCGCGAGAAAAUUGAGGACCUUUGGGACAAGGCCGAGAUCAAGCCUGCGGUGAACCAAAUUGAGGCGCACCCGUACCUGCAGCAGCCCGACCUCCUUGCCUGGUCCAAAGAAAAGGGUAUUGUGGUCACGGCGUAUAGCCCCCUCGCUAACAACAUUUACAACCUCCCUCGUGCCGUUGACGACCCCGCCAUCGCCGAGUUGGCCAAGUCCCUCGAUAAGGAGCCGGCGCAACUCAUUAUCAGCUGGUCUGUCCAAAGAGGCACCGUGGUGUUGCCCAAGUCCGUUACCCCCUCAAGAAUCGAGAAAAACUUUGAAGUGUUUGAGCUCCCCAAGGACGUUUUUGAGAAGAUCAACGCCUUGGACAGGAAGCACCGCUACAACUUUCCAGCCCGCCUCGGUCAAGACAUCUUUGGCGAGUCAGACCCGGAGACGCUGAAGAAGGCGGUAGAAACUUGGGUGGCACAGCAGAAGAAGAUUAGAGCGGGCCAAGCAUAG